UCUAUGCAUGUCACCUGAGAGGUCGAUGUGUGACGUAACAUCAAUCUUUUUUUUAAUUUAAAUGUUAUUAUAUUUAAUUGUUGCUAGUUUUACCAAAAAAAUAAAAAAUAUUUAGUUCCAUAUCUGCAGUUGACGACUUUUUAAAAUGAGCGAAAGUGAAAAACCGUCGUCGAGCGCAGACGACAAAGAAUUGGCCGAUCUUCUGGACAGUGCCCUGCAAGACUUCGGUGCAUCGAAACCGGGCAAAAAUUGCGAUAAACCAACUGGCGACGGCAAAAAACUAAGCGAACGUACCGAGGCCGAUGUAAGCGCUCAAGAAUGGUCGGUAGAGUUUAUUCAGCAAGCGGCAAGCCAAUUCGAGGAAAACUUCGCCCGGUUUCUUAACGCAGGCGAUGCCGACGCCCAGGCUACGCCCGAUGCGAUCCAGCGAAAGCUCCAAGAAAUGGCUGAUGCCGCGCAACAAGUGCUGACGAAUCCCGUCGAAAUCUCCGACCAAUCUGUUGAAUUCGCCUCCACCAUCUCGCAAGCAAUCCAGGGAUUAAACUCUGGCUCUGAAGGCCUCAAUAAUCCCUUUAACGAAGAAGAUUUGAUGAAGAUGUUGGGCGGGGGCGGAUCCGGAGAGGGAAACGAUCUGUUACCAUUUAUGCAAGUCAUGAUGCAGGGCCUGCUGUCGAAGGAGGUGCUUGGGCCGAGUUUGCGCGACUUCGUCGAUAAACUGCCCGCCUACCUCGAGGCGCACAAGGACACGCUGUCGUCCGAGGACGCCACGCGUUACGCGGCACAGAAGCGCCUGAUGGAGGAGGUGCUCGAGGAGCUCGACCGCGAGACCGACGGCGACAGCGCUGACGCAAAAAAAGAACGCUUCGCCAAAGUGCUCGCGCUCAUGCAACAGCUUCAAGACUAUGGGCAGCCGCCUGCCGAGCUCGUCGGUGACUUGGAGGCCCCGUUUAACUUCGACCCCACGGGGACGCCGUUGGGCGUGCCCGGUCUCGGCCCCACCGCGAACCCGGAAUGUUGCGUCAUGUGAUUUUAUCCUGUUUGUUGAUUCUUUUGUUUUAGUCUAGCGUACGUUCGAUGUCGAUAAAAAAAUUCUAUUUCCAUUUGUCA